CGCCCCUUACGUCGUCACGUAAAGACGCAGAGUUAAAAGGCACCGCAUGGUCUUCCCAGUAUUUUAUGCUCUGCUGACAGAUCAUUGGGGAAGGAUGGCAGGAAGAGGGCGAGGUCGGGGUAUAGCAGCUUUCACCUUCAACAUUGAGGCUUUGGGGCUGAGUAGAGGAGCUCUUCCAGAGGCGACACUCGGCCCCAGCCCCCUCUUCCCACCAGUGGAGUACAAGCCAGUGCCUCUAAAAACUGGGGAAGACGAAGAAUAUAUGCUUGCCCUGAAGCAAGAAAUUAGGGCAACAAUGAAAAAUCUGCCUUACAAUAUCCCAGUGCCCGAGGAGAAGCCCGAUGUUGAACGAUACAAACAGAAGUAUACGCUGGAGGUAUAUAAAAACAAGUACAAUACAUGGACACCAGAUUGGCAGCGCCUUCCAAAGGAGUUGAUGCCCCUAAAGAAAAAGAAAACUAAACCUAAGGUGAGGAAGCAAGUCAAGGCAGCUUCAAAGAAAGAGAAAGAAGACUUGCUGUCUAAAUUAGAUGAGUUAGAAAAGAAAGAUCAGAAAUCUGAAGAAGAGACUGGAGAAAAGGCAGCAGAUGAAGGAGAAGACGACGAAGAAGAAGGCGAGGCUGUAGAAGGGGAAGAAUUUGAUGAGGAGGAGGCCGAAGAGGAAAAUGACUACAUUGCCAGCUACUUCGAUGAUGGUGAUGACUUUGGAGGCGGGAGUGAUGACAACAUGAAUGAAGCUGUCUACUAACAUGCCCAAAAGCUGUCUUCAUUUUGCUUCCUUGCUUUGGUAUAUCCUAAAUAUCCCUUCUUUGGUCUUUUUUUCCAGUUUAUUCUGUAUAUAAAACUGUCCAAGUUUGGAUUGAUAUUUAUUUGUGUUAGCCUUUCUGAUAGAAUGUGGUAUACUGUGAAAAGUACUUCAGAAAAUCCAUGAUUUAUAUUUUUAUUCAUUUUUUCCCCUGUGUUACCAAUGCUUUCCUGGAAAAAUAAAUCCCACAUUAAAGAUGAAAAUGAUAUUAAGAUUCCAGCAUGCUGGAUGAACUUGUGUAAUUUAAAAAUUACUCAUUGGAUGUAGAAUUUAAACACUCACGUUUUUUCCAACUGUAAUUAAAACACUGAUAUUGCAGGAAAUGGAAAUAUUAUGUAUCCUCUACUCCAUAUUAACUCAAUACUAUGUACGGCGUUUGUAUAAUGCUAAAUCUUUUUUUUUUGCCUUUGUUAGAAAUUUCAUACGAUAUAAUCAUUGUACUUGAGUUUUUCUUUGUGUCCAUUUCAUUUGUAUAAUGAGACAUUUAAAGACAGGCAGUAUUGUAUGUGUGAUUAUGAGUAGAAGAAAGACAAAGACAUUGGCUAAUUCUUUGCAUAAUAAACAAUUCCUUGCAGAAACCUAGACUUUUUAGAGCUAUUUUACAAGAAAGAGUUCAUGUCCCUUACUUAUGAAUUGAUUUGGCUUAGGUGAGUUAAUUUUCUUCUGGCCAUUUUGAAUGAAUACUUGGCACUUUUUUGAGGCAUUGACAGAUUUGAUUGUAGC